UUGACUUCUUAAUCCUUAUUUCCCUCUGAUGCGCCGCCACGGCUUUCUGGGUUCUGCUCCAUCCGUCAGCCUCACCUCUCUUCCGUCCGUCACCGCGAAUCGUUGGCGUCACCUCCUCCCCCAGCUUCCCAGCCUUGCUUCCUCCUCUGCUCUACGCCUCUGAUCCACUCAUGGAUUGGCAAGGACAAAAGCUAGCAGAGCAGCUGAUGCAGAUAUUGCUGCUUUCCUUUGCUGUGGUUGCAUUCACAACUGGAUAUUUUAUGGCUUCUUUUCAAAUGAUGAUCCUCACAUAUUUUGGUGGUGUUGUUCUAACUACAUUGGUGACCGUCCCUAAUUGGCCGUUCUACAAUCGCCAUCCUCUCCAGUGGUUGGACCCAAGCGAGGUAGAGAAGCAUCCGAAGCCGCCACCGUCUGCAAACUCAACUUCAAAGAAGAAAGCUGUUAAGAAGUAAGACUUAGAAUAGCAAAAGAAAAUUUCACUUAUUGUGGUUCUAGAAAUACAUGAUUUUAAAGUUUAAUUGUUUAUACUUUUGACAGUAACUUGCAUCCUAUUUUAGUUUAAUGAUUUAAUCUCUUUUAGAUAUUGAUAAUAUAAUUAAUGGGGUUAGAGGAACAUUGUCCUCUCGGUGAUGGUAACUUAGUAUACAAUUUUAAUCUUUCUCAUGAACUAAA